UUGCGUUAUUGUGUCAACAUGGCGCCUGUCUGCCGGACAAAAGGCGAAUCUGUCUGACGGUGGAUUGAAACCCAAUUAGAAACAGAGGAGACAUUUUGGGGAAACUGACAGUGUACGUGUGGCCCAGUGCCCCAGAGCAGAGGAUAUAUGAUACAGAAAAUCACCCACGGAGGCCCUUAGACUGGAAUAUUAAGGAUGUUCCAGCAGUGUGAGGAGCCUCGUUUCACCAUUGAGCAGAUCGACCUCCUCCAGAGGCUCAGGAGGACAGGAAUUACCCAGGCCGAGCUCCUCCACGCCUUGGACACGUUGGACCACCUGGACCGGCAACAUGGACACAAGCUGUCCUGUAAACCCUCCUACCUGCCGCCCUCGUCCUCCUUGUCUUCUUCCAGUAACGUUGCUGCGUCUUCCUCCAUGACUUCCACCGCCACUCAGACGAGCUUCCCCACCAACCGACUGUUGCUGUCUCCUAAUAACACCUUUGACACGACCUCGCCACCCCUCCCUGUUCCUGUGGCCUCACCAGGUGCCAUCACAGCGGUAGCUCAGAACGGCCUUGUCGCUGUCUCCAACGGGAAGCUGUCACCGCCACGGUUUCCUCUCGGUGUGGUUAACACAGGUGUGGCGGGACCCGGCUAUGGAUUUGAGGCCAGUGAAGAAGACAUAGAUGUAGAUGACAGAGUGGAGGAGCUGAUGAGAAGGGAUAGUGCUGUGAUCAAGGAAGAGAUUAAGUCCUUCUUGGCGAACAGACGGAUCUCCCAGGCAGUGGUCGCUCAGGUAACUGGGAUCAGUCAGAGUCGGAUCUCCCACUGGCUCCUACAGCAGGGAUCAGACCUCAGCGAGCAGAAGAAACGGGCCUUUUUCCGCUGGUACCAACUGGAGAAGAACAAUCCUGGUGCCACACUGGCCAUGCGAGCUGCCCCACUGGCUCUGGAUGACAUGAUUGACUGGCACCAAGCACCGCCCACAUUUGGCCCCGCCCCCGGAGGCUUCCGACUGCGCCGAGGGAGCAGAUUCACCUGGAGGAAGGAGUGUCUCGCUGUUAUGGAGAGCUACUUCGGCGAUAACCAGUAUCCGGACGAAGCAAAGAGAGAGGAGAUUGCCACUGCAUGCAACGCUGUCAUUCAGAAACCAGGAAAGAAGCUAUCUGAUCUGGAGAGGGUCACAUCUCUAAAGGUGUACAACUGGUUCGCCAACCGUCGCAAAGACAUCAAGAGGCGCGCCAACAUUGAAGCAGCCAUCUUGGAGAGUCAUGGCAUCGAGGUUCAAAGUCCAGGAGGUCAGUCCAACAGUGACGAGGUGGAUGGCAACGACUUCCCAGACCAGGGUUGUGAGGUGUCCCUGUUUGACAAGAGAGCUUCUGGCAGGUCGUUUGGUUUCAGUCGAGCUGAUCUGUCGUCUCCAACCCAGGUUCCCACGCUCCUCCCCAGCUGGUUUUCGGCUCUGGGCAGGGGAGGCUUGUCCGGACAAAGAGGCGGUUCUCUGAUUGGUCGUUCCCUUGUGUCAGGGGCGGGUCCUCAGUCAGAAGGUGCCAGGUUGACAGGUGUGUCCUGGUCUCCUCCCUCCCCUUCCCUCCAGGACGAACCCACCAUUCACACCGCGCUGACGGAGCCACAGGACCCCAUCAUCUUGGAGAAGGCGCCCGGCGAUCACAGCACCCCAACCCUCGCCGGCCAGGAGGACGAGGCCGGGUGCAGCAUGGGUAAUGACAUCAAGACGGAGACGCUGGAGGACGACUGAGGAGGCCUGGCGGAUAUCACAGAUCAGACAUGUGCUAAUAUGCAAGCAGAUUUUAUAGGAAUGUAUUAAGUGAAAAAAAAAAAAAGACCAAAAGUCGUGUAAACUCCAACCCUGAGAUACCUCCCAACCCUACCUCCAACCACCAACCUGCUCUGCUACGCUCUUGUAGGCAUUAUAGCAUAUUAGAUUUACAACAACAAUAAUAGUAAUGAUGAACCGUUUUGUUUCCAGUGCUCCCCAGCAUCGUGCAGGACGUCGCUGUAUUACGACACUCAAAUAGUUCAGGGUCUUGCACUGUUUUCACAACACAACAGAACAGCCUCAAAGAUUUCAUUUUACACCCAACCAAUCGCUUUUAAAACAAUGUAGCGACGUUUCAUCACCGUCGAUUAUAAUUCACCGCCGGACUGUUGGUUCCUUCUAUGAGAAGAUCAGCAGAAUAAGCUUAGUUUAAUUCCUACAAGUAAAAAAAAAAAAAACCCCAAAAAAACACGGUCACAGCAUGUCAGCUAUAGCUCUGUGACCUAAAAUAAUAAUAAAAAAAGAAAAAAUGACUCCACUCCCCUCCUGUUCUGCCCUGAUUAAAAUAAGCUCAAUAACCAGUAAUAAGUAAGUUACUCAUAAGACAUAACUGUUGAAGGUAGUUGAAACUGUAGGCAGAUUUGUAUAAAAACUAGUUCAGUCUGAUGGAUGUUCAGGUUUUAGUGAAUACAUACAUACUGUGCAUAUACAGUUCUACCUGUGUACAACACGUAUGAAUACACAUACAUAAAUGCAGUAAGUGAUAUUGAACUGUGAGGCUAUACUUCAUGUAUUUGCCCUGAACCAUUUCUCUUUGCAUAGACUUUAGAUCCUAUUAGCUUCAAAUGACAGAAUGAGAGAAACUAUCAGUAUGAGCCUUUCUCGUCGCUGAAAGGUGAGUGAAGCCUUAGCCAAAGUAUUAAGUUGAUUGUUUUUCCCUUCUGUUUCAUUUUUAUUUUUUAGAGUGUAUAAUAGUCAUGGAUGAGUAUGUAUUUGAGAUAUGCUAAUCAAAGACGCAUCAGAUGCGUCAAAUAAUCGCAAGCGAAAUGCAUCAGUGUCCUUUUUAGAUGUAUCUGUGUUUUGAACACAUACUGUCGUGUUUUAAUAUUGACGUUUUAAUGACACUUUAUUCGAUCGAUGCCAUGGUGCUGAGAGUACCUGCAGUUCUAAGCUUCUGAUCGACCUGUUCAAGUGACUCAUGUUUUGAAAUUGGUCACGACAAAUCCUCAAGUAAAACCAGAAUUUAAGUACAGCCAUUGUGGAAGUCCUACCAUUUCCUGCAGUUUCUUAAUUUUUUUCCCUGUUUAAUGCUGCUGUUUUGCUUCUUCACCACCAGGAAUGUUUUGGCAUUUCAUAGAAUAACAGGUCUGGUGAGAAACAGCCAAUAUUUUGUUUAAAUUCCCAAUAAUUUCAAUCUACAUUUUACCAACUGCUCGAUUACUAGUUCAUUAGGGAACAUUAUUACCUCACUUUGUAUGUUCACUAUAUCAGUGUGUCUCAUUACCUUUGAAAGUUGGAGGUUUGUGUAACUUUUAGGUGGACAGAGCACAGUUUGUGGCAGGAAAAUCAAACUAAUAAGUGUAAGAGGCCAAAAAUCUGAUUAGAAAUGAAUUGACCCUUAAUCAUUCAGUCAGUCCGAGUGCAGGUUUAAAGGCUGCUUUGUGAUAAAUGUUUCUACCGUCAGUAACGGACCACUGCUGCUCUUGAACGCUCAGUAUCCACGUCUCAUGUUUGCAUUUGUGCCGUCAGCUGCUUGCAUUUUCAAUUCUUAGUGUGACACAUUAACAGCUGACACUAAAAAGGUUCCCUCCUGGUGAGCAGUAAAUCAGACUGAUGGGAACUGUAAAAAGUCAAACUUUUUUUGUUCAGCACAUAAGAUGUACUGUAUGUCUUUAAGUUGAAGUGCCUUCAUAUUCUCUGCUGUGAUCCUCCUUCUCACUAAGGAGGGCUUCUACAAUAGCUGUGUGUGAACUGUUGCGACAUAACACGAUGUUCUGCUAACGGCCUAAACUAAUGUGGCUUUGUUCAAACCGCCUCAUCUUAGUUCAUCAUCGGGUGCUUUAACCGGCUAAGCUACUAGUUCAGAGUUCAAAACUCAACACAAAUACCUCACUGUACCGCCCUCAGCUAUAAGCUACACCUCGCAGGUUUCUCCACAGCUGCUUCAAUGUGAAUCAAAGCUUCCACUGUCCAGACUGUAGAGAUGCUUCACACUGACACAACACACACGUCAGUGUCCUUUUUAAAAGGGAAAUUCCUUCUCAAAUAUAACCUGAUAAAGAAAGGGAAAUUCCACUCCAAAAUAGGAUUAACAUGAAAUCUUAACACAGCUCUUUUUUUAUUUUUUCAAACUACAUGUCUGAGAACAUGUGAGUUUUGUGGUGGAAUGUCUCUGUGUACGGCAGCUGAGCUGUCCUAAGUGUUUCUGCUUUAAGUGUUGAUAAUAAUCUGAGGCAUCACUAGUCAAUUAUGUAGCUGCCAUCUAAUGAUCUACACCAAAAUAUUAAAAUAUGAUAUUGGAGUAGAAAGUCUUUUCUUUUGAGUCUGCCAAGCAGAAGCCUUUCAGAAGGGAAUCGGUGGAUUCAUUUAAGAUUGUCAGGAUUUUGAGUCAUUUCAGUUGCUUUUUCAUGAGUUCUGAAGUCCAAAAAAGUAGUUUUAGUGUUAAAUUGAAAACCAAAAAUUCUGAAACCUAAAUGGAAAAUAAGCUGUUCUUUUCUAAUCAGUGCCACAAGAUGUGCAUUUACAUUGUAAUGAUCUUAAAAUUAGAGGAAGUCAUGAACUAGAAACACAAGAACAGUCUUUCCGUAAAUGUUUUGUCCCAGAGAGCCUUUGUACUUGCGUUGUGUUCAGCACUGUGUCAGGCGACUCGUGCACUUUGUUUCUGACCGUACUGAUGGCACCGCGCCGUCUUCUCAUUUUGGAUGCAGUUUUACCAUCUGCCUUCACACUCUGUCGCUUUGUUUUUCUGUUUCCUUUGGAUGAUUCUUCACAGAAACGAAGCCACUGAGCUGGUGUUCCACCUGUCUGUGGCUCCGUCAGCUGCCCUCCAGCUGAUGGAGUCUGUGUUUUAAUGGAUGAUGUUGGUUAAGGUGUGAACAGACUUGUAAAGAGAAAACCUGAGAGGAUCUGGUGUCAUAGUGGUUUCAGUCAGCUCAUGCCUCAGGACUGGAUGUCCAAUAGUCUAUGUUAUAAUCAUGUGAGAUGCAGUAUGACAGUUAAAGACUCAUUUAUCAGAAAAUGUAAAUAGAACAGUCUGGUCAGGAAGUGACUGGAGUUACAGUAAAAAAAAAAAAAAACAACAACAAAAAAACACUAUUUGGUUCAGGAGUUCUUUCCAACUCCCAGGUGUCUGUUAUUUGAUUUCGGCAAUAAACUCCUCAAUAAAAUAUCAAACCUCAGCAGGACGUUCGUUGUAUCAGUUGAAUUGAUUUGUAUCCCCCUCCUUUUCUUCUAUUUCAAUAUUUAGUGCCUUUUUUGGACAGUAGACUGUUCUGUAAUUGCUAUGUAGAAAAUCUACAUAUGCCUUUUGUUACUUUUUCAUCUGUUGGAUAAACCGUAUUUGUUAUUUUUAAGGUGCGUUUUUAUUGAUAUUCUAUAUACAAGGGAAUAAAAACUGAUCAGAGUCCA